AUGCGCGCUUUCGUUUAUUCUUUCUCGAUCGCCUCUCUUUCGAUCGCCUGGCAAGAAGACGCAAUCAUGGUCCGUAUGCACGCGCCCGGAAAGGGCAUUUCGUCCUCGGAACUGCCAUACAGGCGCAGUGUGCCAACAUGGGUCAAGAUGUCCUCUGACGAGGUCAAGGAAAUGAUUGCCAAGCUCGCCAAGAAGGGGCGCACUCCAUCCCAAAUCGGUGUGAUGCUGCGUGAUAGCAAUGGUAUUGCCCAGGUCAAACUUGUUACUGGCAACAAGAUCCUCCGAAUCCUGAAGGUUAAGGGUAUGUUUGGCCCUGCCAUUCCAGAGGACUUGUACCACCUUAUCAAGAAGGCUGUCUCUGUCCGCAAGCAUAUGGAGAAGCAACGCAAGGAUAAGGAUUCCAAGUUCAGGCUCAUUCUCAUCGAGAGCCGUAUCCAUCGCCUUGCUCGCUACUACAAGACGAGGCGUGGUCUUCCCUCCAACUGGAAGUAUGAAUCAUCCACCGCCUCUGCUUUGGUUGCAUAAAUUGCCUUUAGCAUAACAUUCGAAAGACUGAAAGCUAAUAAUGAUGGCUGUUGUUUAGUGA